CCUUGCAUGCGGCUUUGUGUCGGGAGUUCCUGACAGCCAUGGCACCGACGUCGACAGUCUGGCGUCGACGGACCCUGGAGCUCUGUCUGACAGAAGUCGGCAAAGCCACUGGUCGGCCCGAGUGCUUCCUCACGAUUCAAGAUGGAUUGGCAUCAAAGUUUACUUCUUUAACAAAAGUGCUUUAUGACUUUUAUAAAAUAUUAGAGAAUGGUAGGAUCCAUGGAAGCCCUUUACAAAAACUUGUGAUAGAAAAUUUUGAUGAUGAGCAGAUUUGGCAACAACUGGAAUUGCAAAAUGAACCAAUUUUACAAUACUUCCAGAAUGCAGUUAGUGAAACAAUUAAUGAAGACAUCAGUCUUCUCCCAGAGAGUGAAGAACAGGAAUGUGAAGAGAAUGGUUCAGAGAUAGAGGCUGAUGACCAGGAGGACCUAGAAGACUUAGAGGAGGAGGAAGUGUCAGACAUGGGUGAUGAUGAUCCUGAAGUGGGUGAGAGAGCUAAAAACUCAAGCAAAUUCGAUCUGAGGAAAAGCCUAGUUUUCAGUGAUGAGGAUUCUGACCUUGACUUUGAUAUCAGCAAAUUGGAACAGCAGAGCAAGGUGCAAAACAAAGGGCAUGGAAAACCAAGAGAAAAGUCCGUAGUAGACGAUAAAUUCUUCAAACUCUCUGAAAUGGAGGCCUAUUUAGAAAACAUAGAAAAAGAAGAAGCGGAACAAAAAUAUGAUAAUGAUGAUGAGGAGGAAGUUAUUGAUUUUUUUGAAGAUAUUGAUUCUGAUGAAGACGAAAGCAUACUGUUUGGAAGUAAAAAACUUAAGUCAGGUAAAAGUUCCAGAAAUCUGAAAUACAAAGACUUUUUUGAUCCAGUUGAAAGUGAUGAAGACAUAACAAGUAUUCAUGAUGAUGAGCUAGAUUCAAAGAAAGAAGACGAUGAAAUUGCUGAAGAAGCAGCAGAACUAAGUAUUUCAGAAACGGAUGAAGAUGAUGACCUUGAAGAAAGUGAAGACAGUAAACAACAUAAAGAAAGCUUGAAAAGAGUGACCUUUGCUUUGCCAGAUGAUGAGAAAACUGAAGAUACAGGUGUUUUAAAUGGAAAGAAAAACUCUGAUGAAGUUAAAUCCUCUUUUGAAAAAAGACAGGAAAAGAUGAAUGAAAAAAUUGCAUCUUUAGAAAAAGAGUUGUUAGAAAAAAAGCCUUGGCAGCUCCAGGGGGAAGUGACAGCACAGAAGAGGCCAGAGAACAGCCUCCUGGAGGAGACCCUGCACUUUGACCAUGCUGUCCGGAUGGCACCUGUGAUUACAGAGGAAACCACCCUUCAACUGGAAGAUAUCAUUAAACAGAGGAUAAGAGAUCAGGCUUGGGAUGAUGUAGUACGUAAAGAAAAACCUAAAGAGGAUGCAUAUGAAUAUAAAAAGCGUUUAACCUUAGACCAUGAGAAGAGUAAAUUGAGCCUUGCUGAAAUUUAUGAACAGGAGUACAUCAAACUCAACCAGCAAAAAACAGCAGAAGAAGAAAAUCCAGAGCACAUAGAAAUUCAGAAGAUGAUGGAUUCCCUCUUCUUAAAAUUGGAUGCCCUCUCAAACUUCCACUUUAUCCCUAAACCGCCUGUACCAGAGAUUAAAGUUGUGUCAAAUCUGCCAGCCAUAACCAUGGAGGAAGUAGCUCCAGUGAGUGUUAGUGAUGCAGCUCUCCUGGCUCCAGAGGAGAUCAAGGAGAAAAAUAAAGCUGGAGAUGUUAAAACAGCUGUUGAAAAAACAGCUACAGACAAGAAACGAGAGCGGAGGAAAAAGAAAUCUCAAAAGCGUAUGAAACUAAAGGAGAAGGUGAAGCGGAGAAAACUGCUUGAAAAGAGCAGUCUAGAUCAAGCAGGGAAAUACAGCAAAGCAGUAGCUUCGGAGAAGUUAAAACAGCUGACCAAAACUGGCAAAGCUUCCUUCAUAAAGGAUGAAGGUAAAGACAAAGCCUUAAAGUCCUCUCAAGCAUUCUUUUCUAAAUUACAAGAUCAAGUAAAAAUGCAAAUCAAUGAUGCAAAGAAAACAGAAAAGAAAAAGAAAAAAAGACAGGAUAUUUCUGUUCAUAAAUUAAAGCUGUAAUAUAUUUUGAAUAUAAUGUAAAUAUUAAUGUGUAAGCUUAUAUUGUGCCAUUGUUCUGUUUCAUAAUAAAAUUCUUGAGAACCUU